AUGGCCGUACAAAUAAAAACGAAUACAGUCCGCAAUGACGACGUUCUUAAUGAUCAUCUAGAAACGAUGUCUAAUUUAGAAGGAAUAACACUUAUUUGGUAUGAUGCAAAUCUGAAUGUGAAUAUACGAAAAAAAUUACGAAUUACAAGACAACAUAUCAGAUCCAUCAACAAUUGUGUUAUAUUUCAUAAGGACGAACAAGAGUGUAUCAAUACAAUAAAGUCCAUUACAAAUGAGAAAAUUCUCCUUGUUACAUCAGGUUCCAGUGCUGAUAGUAUUCUAUCAUUCGACGAUACAUUUGUUCAUAGAUCGGUUCAAGCUGUAUUUAUUUUCUGUCAUACGAAAGCAAAAUAUCAAUCUCUACAACGAUCCUAUCCGAAAAUCAUUGGUAUUUUUGAUGAUCCAGAACAAUUGAAAGCGGCCAUUAUAGAAGAAGUCGAUUCGAUUCAAGCACAUCUUGAAACAUUUAAUUUUUAUAAUAAAAAUGAACAAAAAUCAAUAUGUAAUCUUUCAAAUCGAUCGGCAACAUUUCUAUGGCUUCUAGUAUUUAAAGAUGUAGUUAUUCAGCAGCAGUCAAAAGAUAAAAAAGCAAAAAGUGAAAUGAUUGAAAUAUGUACAAAUUACUAUCAUGGUAACAAAAAUGAGAUUAAUCGCAUUAAAGAGUUUGAUCAACAGUAUAAACCAGAACAUGCCAUACGUUGGUAUACUCGACCUUCGUUUAUCUACAAAUUGGUAAAUCGAGCCCUGCGAACUGAAGAUAUCGAACAACUAUAUAUAUUUCGAUUCUACAUAAGUGAUCUGUGCGAACAAAUCGCUAACAUACAAAAACAAAAUAAUUAUCAGCUGCCAUUGACGCUCUAUCGAGGAGUAAGAUUACCAUUGGACGAGGUCAAAAAAUGGCAAGAAAACGAAGGUAAACUCAUUUCGACGAAUGGCUUUUUCUCUACAAGUCUUUCGAAAAAAGUAGCCAUGGACUUUGCACUAAGAAGAACAGAAACAAACAUGGAAGAAUCUGUUCUCAUUGAAAUUGAAUGUAAUCAAUGUCCUACUAUGUUUGCCAUCAUAGAAAAAGAAAGUAUCUUCUCCAAAGAAAAAGAAGUUCUGUUCGAUCUUGGAGCUACAUUUGAAGUUUUGUCUGUAAUGAAUAGUAGAGACGAAGAUGCCAAGAUAAAUAUUUGGACAGUGAAAGUAAGAAGUACACAAGAAGGAAAAGAAUUAGCACAGCUAUAUAUUCAACGAAAUAAAAGAAUGUUUGAGUUAAAUGAUGUUAGUGAAAUAGAUAGAUGGAUAGUUCUUCUCUCUGAUAUGGGCCAGACUUCUAAAUCAUUGAAGUUUUUUCGGAAAAAAGGUGGAACUCGUCCUUCAGCUGAACGGUUAUAUCGGAUUUUCGGGACUGUUUGUGGCGCUGUAGAUAGGCACGAAGAUUACGAUGAAGCGCUAAGAUAUUGGGAGUAUAUGCGUCAAGUUACCAGCGAGGAAGGUACAUAUGAGCCUAUAUUUUAUCUAUCAAAAGCUAGAAUUUAUACAUUAAAAAGUCAAUAUGAUCAAGCAUUAUCGGAAUUAGCAAAUUGGAUACAGCCCACUCCAGAAUUCUCAGUAGAAAAUCAUAUUCUAAAUGCAGCAGUUUACAUGCAUAUUGGCGAGAUUUACUGUUUGUCAGGAAAAUAUGAGCUUGCUUUGGAUUAUUUCAAUAAAGCAAAUGAAUUUGGUAAAAAAUGUUUUCCAGAUGAUCACAUCUUUUUUUCUGGCUAUUUCGACGGUUUUGCUAACGUUUAUAGAGAAAGAGGAGAGAUGCAUCGUGCAAUCGAAUAUUAUCAUAAAGUAGUUGAUAUGAAAGAAAAAUAUUAUCCCUUACCAUCAUCUCAUACUUUUUAUGAAAUGGGUCGCGUCUAUGAAAGUCUAGGAGACUACAGUAAAAGUUUGGAAUACUAUCAGCGCGCUGCAGAAAUUGCAGAGAAAAAAGGUAUUGAUGAUGCUAAAGAGUUUGCCAACCAUUUCGCGGUGAUCGGUAGAAUUCAUCAGGUGAAAGGAGAAUUUCAGGAAGCUUUAGACUGCUUUAAUGAAGUACUAAAAACAGAACUACAGAUUGCAGGUCCAAGUCAUGAUUUAGUAGCUCAGUUUUAUUAUAAAAAGGGGAUUGUGUUGGAACAUUUAAAUAGAAACGAUGAGGCAUUGACGAAUUAUGAACAAGCUUUAAAUAUUCAAAAGCAAAUAUUUUCCGAUGGGCAUCGAAACAUGGCUCGUACUCUGUGUCGUAUCGGCAACCAAUAUCGACACAGAGGUGAACUUACACUAGCUAAAAACUCUUGUGACGAAGCACUUGCUAUGCAAGAGAGACUUCUACCAUCGAAUCAUAUCGAUAUUGCUUUUACAAUGUCUAGCAUAGGAAGAAUUCUGUAUGAUCAGAGAGAUCAUAAUAAAAGUUUAACAUAUCUAUGGAAGGCUCUGAAAAUGCAAAAAAACUUUAGUAGUGGAGAACCACAUUCCUAUCAGAUCUCAACGCUAGUCACUCUUGCUGAUGUUUACAUUAAACUAGAUAUUCCUAGGCUUGCUCUUCAAUGUCUAAACGAUGCUUUGUCGAUUCAGGUUAACGCUUUCUCACAGCAGUAUUCAUCAUUGUCUGAUGAAGAGCUUAGAAACAAAAUAAAUGAACUAGAGAAACUGAUAAAAGCGUAG